ACCAUUAACUGGACAUGUGAUAAACACAGCAGUUUGAUUUUCUGCAUGAAAAUGGUCAGCUGAAAUCCCACGGGACUACCACAGGCUGCUGAAUCAAGACCAGGCUUCCUCAUUCUACCGGAUAAAAUUUAAGAUGAUGCCCAACAGCAGUAAUGGGAAGAAUUUGGAUCUCUCCAGACUGACAGAUGAUGAAGCCAAGCAUGUCUGGCAGGUGAUCCAGAGAGAUUUUCACCUGCGAAAGAAAGAAGAGAAUAGACUAGGGCAACUCAAGACCAAAAUAAUGAAAGAGGACACCAAGAGAGAGCUGCUGGAAUAUCAACCGAAGCUCAGUGAUUCUCUCUGUAUCCGCUGUCUGCAGCCCUUCAAAUUCCUUGUCAACAGCAAGCGCCAGUGUCUGGACUGCAAACUAUUUGUCUGCAAGUCUUGCAGCCGUUUUAAUAAAAAGGAUCACGGCUGGGUUUGUGAUCCAUGCCACAUGGCCAGAAUCCUUAAGAUUGGGACUCUGGAAUGGUUCCAUGAGAAUGUACGCUCUCGUUUCAAGCGUUUUGGCAGUGCAAAGGUCAUGAAUUCACUUUUCAAAAGGCUGAACAGUGACCGUGCCUGUUCUCAAACUGACCUCAGAGAGCCUCGAGAUGAUGACACGCACAGCAUGCCUGAAGUUCACACUGGUUCUCUUUAUAGUCAGGAAGAUGAGCAGUCUGAGAGGGCAGAUAGACACCACUUCAGCCUGAUGAGAAAAGGCAGGCGGCUACUUCCUGUUGAUCCUCUUGAUUUUAAUCUUGGUGUUGAGAACUCUGCUUAUUCUCGACCUCCCAUACUUCUGUAUUCAGGUAGCCAAGAGAAAGUUGCCCAGAGUAAGGACUCAGUAACUGAAGAUGACUGGUCCUCAACCAUUAAGCAGAUCCUGGAGAAUGGAACUCAUGAUAGAGCUGAAGAGAUGAAGGACAUGUUGCAAAUCAGCCAGAGAAGUCUGGACAAACCCUCUCAUUUUGAUGACUGUACGACAAAAUGUCGUUCCCUCUCUAAGAUGAGCAUCUCUUCAGCUGGCAGCUCCAGUUAUCACCUCCACCGCGAGCCUUCUUACAGCCUUGAAGAUUCAGAGGAUGAUGAUGAAUCUGAGAUACAUGUCUUUUAUAGUCCCGCCACACAUAGGGAGCACUCACCAGAUGAGGUUCCUCCACAGAUUAUUGAGCUCAACAAGCGUAUGUCAGCAAUUGAGACUCUUCUGAGCCGUUUGGAGCAGAAACUGACCUUACCUGUAAUGGGGACAGAACAAGUUGAGCAGAAAGAGGAUGAUCUGUCUCCAGCUGACUUAGAGGAGCUAGAGCUCAGGAAAAAGCUUGUUGAACUUACUGAAAAAAUAAGUGACAAAGGCUCGUCUGAUGAGGAGGAUGUAAUGAAACCUUCAGAGGCCUCUCCAAAGAAAGGGGCAGUUUAUUAUGCUCCAGCUAUGAGAGGAGAUUCAGCUGGACUUGGGCAUGUCAGACACCCAUGGCCUCUUGAGGUUGAGUGGAAAGCAAAGCCAACUGUACCUAAACCUUUAAAGAAGCAGAAGAGGGUGAGGUCCUUUGAGUUUAGCAACACAACCAGCUGUGAGCUGUCGCAACUGGAGGGUAAAGUUGCACAGGCAGUGGCCAGCGUCCAGAGCACUCAAAGUGGAGUUACAGAUAUUCAGAAAAGAAUCGCUGCUUUGAGUGCUGCAGGGAUGAAGGUGGAGACGUCCCACAGACAGCCAUCAAGAACAUUGCAUGAAUUACCACUUAGAGGCAGCAAUGAAGCAAGAUCUUUACGGAAGCUGGUGAUGUGAAGCAACUUCAGCAAGCUAGCGCUCUUCCACAUAUUUCACAUUCACAAGUCCAUGAUGGCAUACACAUAUAAGGCAUAUUUCUUAUGUUAAUGAAAUCAGCUCCAAGGCUUUGUGGUAUUCCCAUUUUAAUAAUAUAUAAUUAAUACUUGCUUUAAUCUUUCAGUAUAUGAGUGUCAGAUUAUCCUGAAAAAAUGAGAGUCUCACAAUGUAGCAUGUGCUUUUUUUUUUUUUUUUUUUUUUUUAGAACAGAAGAUUUCUAUUAUGCACACAAUAUACAUUUUUGUCUACAUUUCACCUAUUAACUGCUGUUGUUUUGAUAAAAACUCAAUAUUUAUACCAUUAUAUAGUUUUUAUUAUCUUGAAUAAAUAUCUUAAACUA